AAUGGUGGACUUUGCAAACCUGGCCCAUUAUGUAGUGUUGGAUCAAUGAACAUCCAAGUCUGUUAUUAUUGCAUGCUUUAGAUGCUCAGCACAUUUCGUUUAGCUCUGAUGCACUUUUACGCUCACGUCUGUUGUAAUGCGUGAAAACUGCCUGUGAAUUUAAAGAUGACAGAUUUCAAGGCAGAGUGAUUCUAUGUCAGUUUGCAUGCAAAUAUUGCUAUCUUCAAACCAGAGGUUAUGUCAGGCUUCCAAAGUCCACCUUUUGGGAUUUCAUUGGCUCUUUUGGGGCCCAUCGUUUUCAAGGGUGCUUACGAGAUUGUAUAGUAGCACAGCUGAGCUCUAGAUGUCUUCAGUUAUAUCUAGUAUUAUUUAUGGUUAUUAGUUAUGUAGUAAAACAGGACAGUUGUAAUUGAGUAAGAAGUGGAACCAGCCAAUGCAAGAGAAAAAAGUUCCCAAGACGUCAGCUUUUGGAUGGCUUCAAUACAUGAGAUACUUUUGUACAUCAGUUUAUUUUAAAAUAAAUAUUCCUAAUGGUCAUUAUUGAUCGUAUAGGCCUAAUUCAUAAGAACUGCCUCUAAACCUUAUAGGAAAUAAUUUCAAAUGAAAAUUAUUUGCAAUGUGACUUUUAGUUGAACUCAAAGUGACGUGCCAUGAUACCUUAUUGAAUGUCUGUGUGGUUGAGUAUAAACCUUGAAACAAAGAUGCUGAAAUAUGAUAAAAUAAUGAAAAUACUACUAAAGAGUUUACUAGAUUUGACUAACACACCAUUGGCAUGUUCUGGCCAUUCUCUGGGGCUAGUUUGUAUGUUGAAAUCUCUUUUCAUCUUGUUCAUAAACUGAAUAUAUAAUAUAAAGUGCUGCUCAUGUUUUAUAUUUGCUCUUUACAGUAAAUAGCAGAGCAGAAAGAUUCAGUUCUGAGUGUGCAAGGAGGGUUUUCUUAUUCUUUCGACAUCUGUGCUUUGAGCUCUGGGUUUUCUACUCAAAUCAUUUGUUCAUGUACAUACAGUUGAAUCACACUUUCUAUUUUCUGUGUGGUGACAUGCAAUAAAGAAAUCAAACCCUUCUGAUAACUUGAGUCUAUUUGUACUUUGAAGCCGCUGGUUCCUGUUUCUGGAUUUCACGGUGGAAACUCCACUUUAAAGAGAACGAAACUGAUGUUUUUUGUUGUUGUUGUUGUUGUUUAUGUUUGAUUUUAUACCAAGAAUAGCUUUCAUUUUGCUUGUCACUGUUAUUUAUAUACUUUCUUAGGUGCUAUUUAUUUAUGGUCAGCAAGUCCAUGUCUGACAUUUUCAUUUAUCUGCUAUUUAUUUUUGCACAUUUGACGCAGUUUGUAGGAACAGCCACAAAGCAAGUGGUGACAAAGCAACUUUCGGUUGCAGUGCAGUGUUAAAUACAGUGGGUGUGGACAGCUCGGCAGGAAAGGGGCAAAAAAAACCAGACUGUUAGCUGGAGAACUGUUGCAGACAGGACAUUUAUGAAAUGUAUGCUAAGAGCUUCAGAGGAAUAUUCAUGCCAUUUGAAGGUGAAUUGGACUCAACAGGCAUAACAAAAAACUCCAAUCAAGCUUCUUUCUGAGUAGAAACCUCUCACUGUAAGGAUGAUGUUUUGAGAAGUUUGUUUCCACCAUGCCUGCUGAAGAUGUUGGUCCAGGUCGGGGUGAAAGGAGAAGGUUGCCCUGGCUGUUUCUAGUGCUGGUGAUUGCUGCCAUCACCUCCUCUUCCCUGUCUGUGAUCUCCCUGUACCAUGUGCUGGCCCUGCAGGCCGAGGUGGAGGGUUUGAGAGCUGAGGUGGUCCGCAGGAGAGAGGAGCAAAGCGGGACCCAUCAGCAGGAAGAAGAAGAGAGCAAAGAGAGAAUUGAGUAUCUGCAGCAGACUGAGAUGGAUGAUACCGUAACAGAUCAUACUGUCCUGUCAAAAAGGAGCCUGGGUCAUACACCAAGCAAAGCAGAAUCCCAGCCCUGUUUACAAAUGAUGGCAAACAACAGGAAAAAAACCUUCCAGAAAGAGUUUGCUUUGGAAAUAUGCACAGCCAUCCCAUGGCAAGUGGGACUGAAGCGUGGCACAGCUCUGGAGGAAGAGCAGGGCACCAUUUUAAUCAAAGAGGAAGGAUUCUUCUUUAUCUAUAGUCAGCUCUCCUUUUCCCAGGUUUACUACACAGACUCUACGUUCGCUAUGGGCCACAUCGUGAUUCGUAUAAAGAAGAACGUCGUAGGAGACGAGAGUCAGCACGUUGUUCUGUUCCGCUGUAUUCAGAGCAUGAAUCGAGUCAAUCACUUCAACACGUGCUACACUGGAGGCCUAGUGAAGUUGGAUUCUGGGGACAGACUGGAGCUUCUGAUACCUCGUACCCAUGCAAAUAUCUCUCUGGAUGGGGAUUCCACCUUCUUAGGAGCAAUAAAACUGGCCUGACAAUGGAGAAAGACUUCGGAUCAGACACUGAAGGAGAUUGAAUACGCUAUAUUAUAAUUAUUCAUACGGAUAAUUAUUGACAUUCCCUGGACUUCAUAAAUACAAGAGUUGCUUUAUGCUGUGGAGUAUUCUUAAAAAUGUCUUCAUCGAAUUACUUUGUAUCCAGCUACUUUGGUUCACACUUCAGUGGCAUUUCAUCAGCCUUGCACAAAAUUGACAUUAUUCACCAUAUUGAAGUUCCUCUAUGUCAUGAUUCAUCAGUCUUCAUAAUGUUUUAUCAAAAUGGUUCCAUGUAUGCUUCAGAAAUGACUUCCCUCUUUGAAGGCCUCUUUGUUUUUCACAUCUCUAACCACCUGACUCGUUCAGGUAUGUAACAACCAUUUUUCACAAUCCAGUCAGUUCCCGAUGGAUAAAAUCUUGUCCCGCUCAGUAUUUUUUAUUGAACAAAUUUUAAAUAAACAUUUUAUUCAUAACACA